AUGACGACGGGGAGCCUCAAGCAGACACGGAAGAGGAAAAAAGUCUUGAUUGCAAGAAAGAGGAGAAAGAAACCCCAGCCUGCCGCGGUACAGCCGCUUUGUGUUUCUGAGCCAGUUGCCGGGACCAGUCAGAAGCGGAAGCUUUCCGCCAAAUCGGCGACGGCUCGCCGCAAAGGCAACCUUGAGCUUGCCGGAUCCAAGGUUGUGACACGAAGAAAAAAGAUCCUCCAGGCCAGUGGCUCUAAGAAGCGAGCGCGCAAAGAAAGCCACAGUGGUGGCAAGAGGAAGAAGUGCAAGGCAAAGGCGACGGCAUCGCCGAAGGACGCCUGUAGCCAACAAGAGCAGCCUCCGGGUCAAGAAGCCUCCGCCGCACAGAGGGACAAGGGAGAUGAGCAGUGCGAGGCCGACCCCUCCGAUGUUCCCAAGAAGUGUACACUUGGGGAUACUGAGAAGUCAAAAAAGAGGAAAGCAAAAUCAAAGGGGGCUCAGGCACCGAUGAAAAGCACUGGCGGCGACGAAGCCGCUGCAGGCGCCGACGAGCAGAAGAUGGCUACUGAGCAGAAGAAGGAUUCGGACGUAAAGACAGGCCCAGGCAGUCAUUCGGACGACAGUGCCCAGUGUUUGAAGAUUUGUGCUGCCAACCUUCCCUGGUGGUUUGAUAAAGCCCGGAUUGAACGGCAUUUCCGCAGGAUGGGGGAUGUCGCACAUGUUUGGCUUCUGUAUGACAAGUGGGGUGAAUCCCGCGGCGUGGCGUUCAUCACGUUUUCUGACAAGGCAUCCGUGAAGGCAGCUCUGCAGUGUGAUGGUACAAGCAUCGGGGGCAACGUCGUCCGGGUCAACUUGGCGCUGGACAAGACCAAGGAUGCCGAUGCAAAGGGGAAAGGUCAGAGCAAGGGCUGGGCUGGAGGUGGAGCCUGGGCAGACGAUGCUUCUCCAAACCAAGCUGCUGGCACUUCUGCUGGGCAUUCCACAAAAGGAAGGGGAAGAGGAAAGGGAGGAAAGGGAGGCAAGGGAACAGGCUCUGAGCAGAGCGGCAUUCUAGCCCUCCCGAACAGGCCCGAGGGCUCUCUUGGGCUCAUGGCUCGAGGGUUGUCCUACGAUGCUACAGAGAAGGAUCUGCAGCAGCUCUUCUCUCAGUGUGGCUCAGGGCCGACUCGUGUCAGGGUGCUCGUGGACAAGGAUGGCUGGUCCAAAGGCAAAGCAUUUCUCGAUUUUGCCGAUGAGGCAGCUGUUGAAAAGGCCAUGGAGUUCAAUGACCAGUUGCUUAAAGGCAGAAAACUUCGGCUGGAAUACACGCGUGCAGCGUCGUAG